CAAUAUUUGAAUCACUAAUGAGACCCACUACAACACAAACUCACCACGGACCUCGCACCCAUCUGGAAGUCAAAAUGUCUGCCUCUGAACUCGCUACUAGCUACGCUGCCCUUGUCUUGGCCGAUGAAGGCAUUGAAAUCACCUCUGACAAGCUUUUGACUUUGACCAAGGCCGCCAACGUUGAGGUUGAGCCCAUCUGGGCCUCCAUCUUCGCCAAGGCUCUUGAGGGCAAGGACUUGAAGGAGCUUUUGUUGAACAUUGGCUCUGGUGCUGGUGCCGCUGCCCCUGCCGCCGGUGCCCCCGCUGCUGCUGCCGGUGAGGCCGCCGCUGAGGAGACCAAGGAGGAGGCUAAGGAAGAGGAGGAGUCCGAUGAGGACAUGGGCUUCGGUCUCUUCGAUUAGAUCUGUCCGUCCAACUCAGAUACCGAAAAAUGUUUAUUCAAUUCUUACUGGACAUUUUGCUUUCACAUGUCGUCCAUGGUGCGUGAAUGCGUUCAGAAACGUUUAAUAUUAACGUUUUGAAUCCGAAA